UUAAUCUUAUUAUUUUAUUUCAUGUCAGAUUAAUUUAUUAUAAAAAUACAUAAUCUUCGUCUUCAUCAUCGAUAACUGUACCACUGUGCUCACCACCGAACAACACUGACUCUGCGACACUACGAAGACGCCACGGAAAGGCACAGAAGCUAAACCACGCACCGUCAUGGAAGACCAAAUGUACGGCAUGCCAUCGACGGCGGAGUACUCGGAGAAAGCCUUGAUGACGCCAGAGAGCAUAUUUCCUGCUGAGUACCACGGGUUCCUAAUGUCCUCCGGUAGCCGGAUUCCGAUGUUCGGAUCCGACGAGUUGCUCUCCGCCGCUGUGGCCAUCACCGCCGCCAGCGGAGCUGAACCCUACCCGAACGUCGCCGUCGUACCCGAAAUUCAGCGCCACCACGACACCUCUUCCCUCAUCAAAGCCAAAAUCGCCUCUCACCCUCACUACCCUCGUCUCCUCCAAGCCUACAUCGAUUGCCAGAAGGUGGGAGCGCCUCCAGAAAUCGCGUGUUUGUUAGAGGAAAUCCGACGAGAAAAUGACGUUUGCAAGAGGGACGUUGUUUACACGUGCGUUGGAGCCGAUCCCGAACUCGACGAGUUCAUGGAAACCUACUGUGACAUGCUGGUGAAAUACAAAUCCGAUCUGACGCGGCCUUUUGACGAAGCUACCACCUUCCUCAACAAGAUCGAAACGCAGCUUACGGAUCUCUGUACUGGUUUUUCUCUUCCAACCCUUUCCGAUGAUGGAGGUGUAUCUUCUGAAGAAGGAUUUAGUGCUGGAGAUGGUGAUUUUCAAGAUGAACAAGUGCAUAAUGAAGAUAGAGAGUUGAAGGAUAAACUCUUCCGUAAGUUUGGAAGUCAUAUUGGUUCACUAAAAUUAGAAUUUUCCAAGAAAAAAAAGAGAGAUAAACUGCCAAAAGAUGCUAGACAAGUGCUACUUCAGUGGUGGAAUAUUCACUACAAAUGGCCUUAUCCUACGGAAGGUGAUAAGAUUGCACUGGCUAAAUCAACUGGGUUAGACCAAAAGCAAAUUAACAAUUGGUUCAUUAAUCAAAGAAAGCGUCACUGGAAGCCGUCGGAGAAUAUGCCGUUUUCUAUGGUGGAUGGUCUUACCGGUCGGUUCCUUACGGAUGAGUGAGGUGGUAUCUGCAUGCUUCUUCCACUCAAAUGUAUAUCCUCAUUAAUUAUUUCUUGUGCUUUCCUUUGUAAAUCCUCAAGGCAGAAGGGAUUUGACGUUGUAAUAUGCUUACUUCCCUGCAAAAGUUAGGGAAUAAUAAUCUAUUAGCUUCAUUUGUAUUCAUAAAUAACUACUCGUGACAUUUGGAAAAGAAUGGUUUUCUUGUUUUGCUUC